AUGAAUCAAUCCAGGCAGCGGUACAGGCUGCUGGGUCUGGCGGCCGUGGCGCACGCCAUGCGUGCGCCGCAGAUUCCGCCACCGCCACAACAGCUGCCACCGCCCUACCAGCAGCAGCAGUAUCCUGCGCACUGGUGGAAUCCUGCACCGGCGGCGCAGGCAUAUGUGGCGCCACAGCCACAGUGGCAUCCUGCGCAGGGGUGGUAUCCUGCACAAGGAUUUGCGGCGCCACCGCCACUGUGGUACCCUGCGCAAGGGUGGCAUCCUGCGCAGGGAUACGUGGCGCCACCACAACAUCAGGCGCUACAUCCACAAGCGCAGGCGCUACAACAAGCGCAGGCGCUACAACCAGAAGCGCAGGCGCUAAAACAUCAACCGCAGGCGCUACAAACUCCACCACACCCACACCCGCAGGAGGAGGUGUUGGAGAAGGCGGUGUUGGUGGAGCCGGAGGCCCAGGCUGCCAUCCCCCCGUUGGCCCCCCUAAUUCUGUCGCCGCGGCCAUCAGCAGGGCCCAGGCGCCACAACUGCUUGGCCUCGUCCCUCACCUAUUCGUGCCCCUUCAGCUCAGUGGUGAAGAACCCUAGUGGGCAUAGGGCUAAGUGCGAAGGGGACGGGGUCACGGCUUACUUGCCGGAUGGCCCACAUGCCACCCUGCGGCGACAUUGGGCGGGCAUCAACAACGGGGAGGUGCAGCAGCCUUCGAGGGAGUCUUCCAUGUCCCCCAUGACGCGGGAACUCAAUCCCCUCCUUGAACGACUAAAGGGCAUUGGAGGCUCCCGAGCGGCCACGCCGGACUGA